AUCCAAAAUGUUCUCUCCUUGUUGCUAGAGAUCCUCUCGAUAAAUCGGACACCUCCAUCACUGUUGUUGGAGAAGCUUCAUACGUAUCGGGCGAAGACUGGAAAGAAGCUCGCGAAGUCUACUUGAAGAAAUAUCCGCGCGCGUUCUGGGUGGAUUUUGGCGACUUUAAGAUCGCAAAGAUCAAGCCAAAGACAGUGCGUUUUGUGUCUGGUCUCAAAACUGGCCACGCCGAGGUUGAAGACCUCAGUUCCGACAAUUUCCAAUCCGCCAAAGUCGAUCCUAUUUCUCAGUUCUCAACACCGAUAUCGGUAAGGAAAAGAAAUUUGAAGGUAACGCCUCGCUACUUUCGUCAACUAUGCAGUCACACAUGAACAAAGAUCAUUCGGCCGACACGCAAGCUAUUGUAGAGCACGUUGUUGGAGUCAAGGUGGAUCAUGCGUUCAUGCUGGACGUUGAUUCGCUCGGUUUCUACGUAAAGGCUGCAAUUCAAGGAACACCAACAAAAUUGCGCAUUCCUUUCCCCAGAGCUGCACAAGACCGCAAGGAUGUGAAGACACUCAUAGUCGAAAUGCUAAGCGCUGCGAGAGCUACUACUACUGUCUGAAAAAGACCUUGUUAGGGCUUUACAAGCAUAGCAUGGCGAGAGCUAUCACCUCCACUUCGAAAUGGGUAACUUGUUCCAUUCGUUCGAAGCCUGCCGCCAUUGACGUUCCAGGUAGGAAAAAUCCAACGCCUGGAAUGGCCUCGAGGCGCUCACGAACUAGAUUCUUCCAUGCAAUGCCGCCAAUCAGUCUGUAUGGCUCGAAACUCUCAAAGUCAGCUGGAAGAAUAGCUGAAAAACCGGCCGUUCUUCCAUCGACAGCAGCAGCAGCUUGGAGUGAGGAAGAGCUGAGAAUAGUGGAACAGGAUCUAGAAGGAGAUGAUCUUCCAGGCAGAUGGUCUCAAGAGGUGCUAGACGAGGACGUGAAGGUGCUCACAAAGUUUCGGAGCCGCCACAACUUGGUCCAAGUGCUCGAGAUCUCCCGGCGUGCGGACUCCACACUAGCGGGGUCGCGAGUGUUGCUCCUGGACAGGCCGGGCAACAUCCACAGCGUCCACUUCUUCUUCAAGGUCCUCACAGGCUCGUACUACGACUCGUUCGCGAUGCUGCCGCCUCUAAUUCCGCCGGGGCCGAUCGCCAUCCUGGGUCUCGGCGCUGGAACCGCCGCGAGGAUCAUCCAUCACUUCUGGCCGCGGCUGGAGAUCCACGGAUGGGAGAUGGACGCUUCCGUGGUCGGAGUUGGAAGGCGCUACUUUGGAAUGCUGGACUUGGAGAAUGGAAAGCCGAGCGACUUAGCAGGCAUGGACGAGGACGAGGAAGACAAUGACUCCGGUUACUGCAGUGGAGAAGAACUUGGGAAGCUCGUAGUUCAUAUCGGCGAUGCUCUGGCUCGCGACGCGGUCGUGCAAGGUGGCUUUGCGGGGAUCAUCGUCGACCUCUUCUGGCAAGGCAGAGUUAUAGCGCCGCUCCAGCGAGCUCGGACAUGGCGGGAGCUCGGCGAGAGGCUCAAGCCGGGAGGCAGGAUAAUGGUGAACUGCGGAGGAUCGUGCGUGGAGGCCGAGGAUCGCAGGGACGGGGAUGCGACCAUGAGAGAGACGGUGGCGGCGUUGAUGGAGGCGUUUCCUGGCGGGGGAGUGAGCACCCGGACGUUCUUCCCGCACGAUAACUGCGUCGCGAUGACUGGAGCUUUCCCAGAUCUCGCGGCGUGGAGGCGAGAGCUGCCGAAGUGCUUGUGGCCUUCAGUUUCCGAGUGGAGGCCAACGAGCUAGCUAGAAAAAAUGGUUUUUUUUCUCUAGAAACCAAGAUCUCGUUAUCAACUUU